UUGGAAAAGUACACCAUCGAAGGGUGUAAUCAAGCAGUCAAACUGAAACGCUCACAGGAUAUAUUGUCUUUGCAUGAUGCAGAACUCAGUUCGUCACAACAAGCAAAGGUAUGUUCAUAAUAAUCAUAGGUUCUGUAGAAUUAUUGGUUGAAAAUUUAUUGUCUUCGGGAGAAACGCGAGGAGUUGAAAUAUGAAUUUUGAAAAAUCUCUAAUUUUUAUGACCAGUUUUCAGACUGCAUUGCGAAUAUGGAAAAAAGUUUUUCAUCGGAUAAAUUUGAAAACCAUCAUCUUUGAUAACCAGAAAAGUCGGCUACGAUAUUUUUGAAAAUAUUUUUAGAUAAGAAUAGAACGAUUUGUUUCGUCUUGAAAUUUUCAGGAUCAGUAGACCUGAACAUAUAAACAAAGCCAAAAAAUAAAGUGCAUAACUUUACGUUUAUUUUACUGCAAAAUUCCAAACAUUUUGAGAAUGCCCUUCAAGCUACAAAAUUGUGCCAAAAAAUCACCUUAUAAUUCAAUUUCAAAAUCAAAAAUUCCAGAAAGCGCUCAUGUGUCUACCAACAUCAUCAGCUGUAUCUGUGGCAGCUGCAAAAUCACAACAAAACAAUUUGCUAUUAGCACAACAACAGGCGCAGUUAAAACAAUUAUAUGCGCAAUAUCCCAUAUUUGAUGUGAGUUGAGUAACAAUAAAAACGCCAUCUGGACAUAUGAAUUUCGAAUUUCAUUUUUUUUGUGUCUCAUUUUUCCUUCAUUUUUAGCCAAGCUUCACUGCAGCCACAACCGCUUAUGAUAACUGUCCUUUGAUGCUUCAACCAACACUUCAACAAUUGCAAUUAGCACAAGCACAUUCAAUGGUAAUUUGAACAAAAACUCACGGUUUACCAAAAAUUAUAGAAUUUCCUAGUCUCUGAAAAAAUUAAUAAAAACGUCCCAUAAAACUCAUCAAAAAUUAUUUCAGGAACCGACAGCACAAACUGAGCCAUCAAAUGAAAUUCGAAUUGACACCAGCAGUAAGUGACCUUUUUUAUUUUACUGACUUAUCCAAUUAGUUAUUUUCUUGGCAAAAGUGCAUUUUCUUUCAACUUUUUCUCUUUGUUCUAACAUAAAAAGGGAUGAAUAAUUUCAGAGCAUUUUCAUGUAUUUGUUGGUGAUUUGAGCAAAGAUGUGAGCAAUGAAAUGUUGAAAUCAUCAUUCGAAAAAUUUGGAGAAGUUAGUGAGGCGAAAGUGAUUAGAGAUGCACAAACACAAAAAUCAAAGGGUUACGGUUUUGUAUCAUUCCCUGAUAAAAAUGUGAGUUAAUCGGUCCACAAGACUGAACAUUUGAAUACUUUGUGAAUUUAUAGCAUGCUGAAGCUGCAAUCAAUGGAAUGAAUGGAAAAUGGAUUGGUAAACGGGCAGUUCGAACAAAUUGGGCGGCUAGGAAAAAUACCGAAGAAACACGCGAUAAACUCACUUUUGAACAAGUUUUCAAUUCUACAAAACCUGAAAACACAUCUGUUUAUAUUGGAAAUGUCACUGCAAAUGUUUCAGGUAACAGCGUCAGCUCCAGUCUUUGAAAAAUAAAUUUUUUUGCAGAUACCGAGUUACGUGAAGCAUUUUCGGUUUUUGGUGAGAUUGCGGAAGUUCGAGUUUUCAAAGCUCAAAAAUAUGCGUUUGUUCGAUUUGAGAAGAAAGAAUGUGCUACAAAAGCAAUCAUGGAUAUGAACGGAAAAGAAGUUUGUGGUGUUAAUAUUCGAUGUUCAUGGGGUCGAACACAUCCAGUAAGAAUCUUUAUUUUUAUCAGAUAGCAUAACCAUAAUUAAAACUAUAUUCCAGCAAGCUCAAGCUGUUCCAACACUUCCACUGGAUCUUACAUCUUUGAUGACACUUCCAACUCUGAUGUCAACUGCAUCACUUCCACUUAUCCAAAAUCCGUAUUUGAGUUAUGAACCAACUGCGUUUUUGUAUAACACUUUACAACAAUGGUAA